AUACCGGUGGAAACUGAAAGUAGGAACUAUGGGCAGUAUUUGCAAUAAGGCUGUUGGUGUAUUUUUCGAGUAUGACACGCCGAGAAUAGUUCAUAUUCGUAGCAAAAAAGUCGGCGUGAUAAAUCGCCUGCUUCAGUUAAUAAUUAUUGGAUAUGUUAUUGGAUAUGCUAUAGUGUAUAAAAAAGGUUACCAGGAGAAUGAUGCAGUGCAGAGUGCUGUCACAACAAAGUUGAAGGGUGUGGUCUAUGUCAAUCAAUCACAGUAUCCAGAUAUAACAACAUCUGUUUGGGAUGUUGCUGAAUAUGUUGUCCCUCCACAGGAGAAUAAUGCAUUUUUUGUGAUAACAAAUUUGAUAGAAACACCUAAACAGACAAUUGGUAUUUGUAUUGAGGAUCCUAAGGUGUUAGGUUCAAACUGUACAACAUCCAGUCAAUGUCCGGCAGGAAAAGUUCUCCCAGCUGGAAAUGGUUUAUUAACAGGAGAAUGUAAUACAACAGCUGGGCUUUGUUUUAUACGAGCAUGGUGUCCUGUAGAAAAUGGUGCUGCAAAAGCACCUGACCCACCAGCACUUCUAGGAUCAAAAGAUUUUACAGUGUUUAUUAAAAACAAUAUACAAUUUCCCAAGUUUAAAGUAAAAAGGAGAAACCUUUUAGAUUUCUUUAAUGAUUCAAUGUUGGCAAGUUGUCGAUUUAAUCUCAACCACCCAGCUGAUCAGUAUUGUCCAAUUUUCAUACUGAAUGAUAUUGUUUCUCUAACAGGAAGUAGCUACAAAGAAAUGGCACUCUUGGGUGGCGUUAUAGAAAUUCAGAUACAGUGGAACUGUAACUUAGAUCUCAGUGUUUCUGAAUGUGUCCCGAAAUACAUGUUCAGACGUCUUGAUAGCUCUGAUUAUAAAAUAUCUAAAGGAUAUAACUUCAGAUAUGCUAAAUAUUAUAAGGAAAAUGAUGUAGAGUUCAGGACAUUAUUUAAAGCCUAUGGUAUUAAAUUCAUCCUGUCUGUGACCGGAGAAGCUGGUAAAUUCAAUUUUGAGCCUUUUAUGAUCAAUGUUGGUAGUGGAUUGGCUUUGCUGAGUAUAGCUACAGUUGUUUGUGAUAUAGUGGUAUUAUAUUUCCUGAAGGCUAGAAAUCUUUACAAAGAUAAGAAAUACUUACAAGUGGUUGGAGAUGAUGCUUAUAAGCCAAUUGUAACUGAUCGAAGUCCAAUACUAGCGGAAGAGAUUAGAGCUCCAACAUACAAUGAUACACCACAUAGUAAUACUAAUAACUUUACCAAAUAUAGAUCACUGGAUAGUGAUUAGCAACUGGACGGCCAAAAUGAAGAGGACAAAUCUGAAUGAACUUUACAUUCCAUUGGUGAAGAAAGGAUAUUAACUUCGCAUAUAAAUAGUGCCAUAUUAUUUUCAACAUUUUGGUAGAUUACUGGAGAAAAAAGUCAAAGAAUUCUGCAUGGAUUAGUGCCUAGUGCAAUAAAAUCCAACAAACUGUGGAUUCAUUAUUAUUCGUUUGAUACCAAUUUUCGUGGGUUUCAUGGGUACAGGUGAACUACAAGUCUACAUUUAAAAAAAAAACAUAUUUUCAAUUGGCUUGUAUACAGAGAUUGGCAAAACCACAAAAUUAAAUAGUUAAUACCCAUGAAUAUGCAAGUUUUCUGCAAUCCACGGAAAUUGAUACCCACGGAAAUAAAUGAACCCACAGCAGUAUGAUAUUGAAUAUACUCUGUCAAUUUGGUCCUCACAUUGAUAUUUUUAUACGAACAUGUCACAAAAAGAAAAAUGUAUAUUUAUAAAUUUUAUAUGGAAUUUUCAAAGGAGAUGUUAAAAUGCAUUUUAAAGAGUUUAAGUUUCCUAAGCAUUACUUUUUUAAUCUUACAAAAACAGCAAUCAAAAUUAUUAUAAUGUAUAUAUACAGGUGAGCAAUAGACUCCUUUGAGCCUAUACGUUCUCUCUUACAUUCCUUACCAGUAUUUACAAUGUGCACCUCAUUUUUUAUGUUAUUUCUUCAUAGACAGAAAAAAUAUUACAGUUCCUUAAAUAAUUAAAAUAUUUUUUUAUAAUACUAAGAUCACAAAAAACAUAUAUUCUAAUUAUUUAAAAAUUUAAAUAUGAUCAAGGAGAAAUCCUGCAUCUACCAUAUUUGAUUUGGUUUCGAUCUCUGGUACUUACGAAAUUCAAAUAGAAGUAUACUGUUACAUCAAACAAAAUAUAAGUAAUGUUCAUGUCAAAUUGAGUUUCAGAAAUACUUUUGUAUGUUGUAUAGUUACUUAUUGUGUGAUAAAUCAAAUUAAAACAUAAUGGGACUCUUGUUUAAAAUUGUAAUUUAAUAAAUUAGUAGCUUAUGUUCACACAAAUGCUUAAGAAAUAGUACAUGGUAGAGAAGGAAAGCUGAAAUAAAUCAAAUAUGGUAUUAAAUUUCAAAGGGGCAUUAGCUGAUAAAUACAUGUUCACUGAUUUGACAAAAAUUCUUACAUUUCCCUUAUAACAUACUAAAACACAAUUCAAAUUAAUUACAGAAAAGCAAUAAGCAAUGCAUGGACUUGAUAAAAUGCAUCAUUAUUUUGUGUAUAUUUUAGUCCAGAAGCCAUCUAAUUAACCAAAAUUAUCACUUAAUAAAAUGGUAGCUUAUGUUCACACAAAUGCUUAAGUAGUAGUACAUGGUACAGAAGAAAAGCUGAAAUAAAUCAAAUAUGGUAUUAAAUUUCAAAGGGGCAUAAGCUGAUAAAUGCAUGUUCACUGAUUUGACAAAAAUUCUUACAUUUCCCUUAUAACAUUCUAAAACACAAUUCAAAUUAAUUACAGAAAAGCAAUAAGGAAUGCAUGGACUUGAUAAAAUGCAUCAUUAUUUUGUGUAUAUUUUAGUCCAGAAGCCAUCUAAUUAACCACGAAAAUAACCUAUGAAGACAGUCAUAUCACCCAAUAUAAACAUAAAUAUAGAUACGGUUGAUUUAUUCACUUGCAAAUCAAUAAUAUAUCACCAAUGUUUUUGAGUUUAUUUUAAAAUAACAUGUCAACAAACUGCUUAUGAAGAAAUGCUACCUCAAAAUUCCACUUUUAUAAAUACUUGAAACAAGAAGAAUUGUAUCAGCGCUUUUGUCAAAAUGGUCACCUAAUGCCCCUUCAAGCAUCCAUUAUGUUGUUGUCAUUUACAUAAUCAUUUCUAAUGAGUGUGGAUUCAUGAUAUAUUAUUCAGUCAAUUGUAAUUUGUAUAUGUUGGUAUGUUUAAUCUUAAAAUGCAUAAUUUAUGUCCCAAAUAUUCAGAUGAGAUAUUGUUACUCUUGCUUGUUUCUGUCCAUUUUAUUUAAAACUUUUCAGAAUGUUUUUUUGUAAAUUAGAAUUUUAAAUUUACUAGUCUUUUGAAUUUGAUUAAAGCUUAGAUAGAACAGGUGUUCAAAGGCCUAUCACUUAACAAAAUUUUAUGGAGUACUGGACUAUUUACCCCAUACUAUACAACUUAUAUCAGAUUUUAUAUUAUAUCGGUAUAAUAAAUUCUUAAGGAUAUAGUCAGGUGAAUAAAAAAAUAACGAAUUUGAAAUAAUACUCUUAAUCAGAAGGGCAUUUGUUUAAAUAUGUGAUUCUUAAAAAUAAAUGGUGUGAAAAGGCUUACUUGAACUUUUACUUUUAUAUAACUUAUGGAAUAUUAGUGUCUCAAAUUGUAUUUAGCUGCUUUUGUAAAGCAAAAUAAUGUCCUAGGUAUGAAAUAUUGUCCAACAAGACAAUAUAUCAUGACUAUGUACUAUGAAAUUCUGUCCUCACCUAUAAAAUUAUGUCUUGAGAUGGACAAAUUUUCAUAGUGGAAUUUGGUUAUAAUUAUGAAAUGGUGUCUUAAGACAAUAUUUCAUAUGAAAUUUUGUCCAACCGACAAUAUUUCAUGGAGGACAAUAUUUUAUGUUACACUUUAUAGUUAAAAAAAGGCCUAAAGUUUACAUAACUCAAAAGUAAUAUACUAGUCAGGCUGUUAGUACAAAAAUUAGUAUGAAAAACAUGGGACUCACUGUAUGUUUCUUCAGCCUUAUUAGACAUUAACAAAAUGUAUAUCAUUAUAUUUACUUUAAUAGCAUUUUAUAAGUGGGAUUCAAAAGAUCAUAUCAUUAAUAUUCCAUCAAAGAUAUCUGUGAUUUGUAAUUUUAUAUAAUAUUUUGAUAUGUAUCCAUAAUUUGUUAACGUCUGUUAUAUGUAAAAUGUUUGUAUAUUUACUAUUGUAAAUAUUGUUUGUAUUUCAUGUCAGUUCACUUUGACAAUAAAAUCGUGAUUACAAUCA